CUUGAUCUGUCAGCUGAGCGUUCGAGUUGUAAAUUGUACAAACUAAUUUGUAAAUGUACAAAUUUUUUUGAUCAUUGGUUUGUGAGAAAGACUUACCAAAAACAUAUAAAUAAAGUGAUGAAUUACUCGAUAUACUAACCAUUAUGGCUUUAAAAAAGGUGAAGGGGAACUUUGAGAGAAUGUUUGAUAAAAAUCUAACUGAUUUAGUACGUGGUAUCAGAAACAACAAAGAUAAUGAGGCUAAGUAUAUCGCACAAUGUAUGGAAGAAAUUAAAGUGGAAUUGCGACAAGAUAACAUAGGAGUGAAAGCUAACGCCGUCGCAAAAUUAACAUAUCUACAAAUGCUUGGAUAUGAUAUAUCAUGGGCAAUCUUUAACAUAAUUGAAGUAAUGAGUUCUAAUAAAUUCACAUUUAAAAGAAUUGGCUAUCUAGCAGCCAGCCAAUCAUUCCAUGAGGAUUCAGAACUGCUCAUGUUAACUACAAAUAUGAUCAGAAAAGACUUAAGUGCCCAGAACCAGUAUGAAGCAGGGCUCGCAUUAAGUGGACUUAGCUGCUUUAUUUCUCAUGAUUUGGCAAGAGACUUGGCUAAUGAUAUAAUGACACUGAUGAGCUCUACAAAACCAUACCUUAGAAUGAAAGCAGUAUUGAUGAUGUACAAGGUGUUCUUGAGGUAUCCCGAAGCACUUCGACCUGCAUUUCCAAAGUUAAAAGAGAAAUUAGAAGAUCCAGACCCAGGUGUUCAAUCUGCUGCAGUCAAUGUCGUGUGUGAAUUGGCAAGGAAAAACCCAAAAAACUACUUGUCGCUAGCCCCAGUGUUCUUUAAACUGAUGACAACGUCGACAAAUAAUUGGAUGUUAAUUAAAAUUAUUAAACUGUUUGGUGCCUUAACCCCAUUAGAGCCCCGGCUUGGCAAGAAACUGAUUGAACCAUUAACUAAUUUAAUUCAUAGUACAUCGGCAAUGUCACUACUAUACGAAUGUAUCAACACGGUGAUAGCUGUUCUCAUCAGCAUCAGCAGUGGAAUGCCAGGACACGCAGCCAGCGUGCAACUCUGUGUUCAGAAACUUAGGAUACUUAUUGAGGAUACAGACCAGAACUUAAAAUACUUGGGUUUGUUAGCAAUGUCGAGGAUAUUAAAAUCCCAUCCGAAAUCAGUACAAGCUCAUAAAGACUUGGUACUGGCGUGCUUAGAUGAUAAAGACGAAUCUAUUAGACUGAGAGCCUUAGGACUUUUAUAUGGAAUGGUAUCAAAGAAGAACUUAAUGGAAAUAGUGAAAAAGUUGAUGAUUCACAUGGAAAACGCUGAAGGUACGUUGUACCGCGACGAACUGCUGACACGGAUGAUAGAAAUAUGCUCGCAGAACAACUAUCAACAUGUGGUGGACUUCGAGUGGUACAUCACGGUGCUGACGGAGUUAACAGAAAUGGAGACUAGUUCGAAACAUGGAUGUAUGAUAGCAGCGCAAUUAAUGGAAGUUGGUGCUCGCGUAUCGGAUGUCCGGGAAUUCGCGGUACGAGAGUGCAGUGCUAUGUGUAACAGAGCGGCAACGUCGCCGCCCGGCCCCGCGUCGCGUGAGGUUCUGUACGCGGCGGCGCUCGUACUGGGCGAGUACUGCACGGAGGAAGAAGUGAUGCGGGAGUGUAUAUCGCCGCUGCUAGUGUGUGCGGGGCUCCAGGCGGGGGGCGGGGCCAUGCGAGCUCGUGCGGUGUGCGUGCACGCGGCGCUCAAGGUCAUCGCGAAGUUACUGCUGCGGUACCGGCGGGGGAGGCGGCAGAACGCAAUCAAUGUCAUACUUGAAGCUCUGGGCGGUCUGAAGCCAUUGCUGUGCAGCGAGGAUAUGGAAGUGCAAGAGCGAGCUCACAACGCGACCGCUCUGCUCACCGUGGUACUCAGGCACGUGGACCCUGCCAACCCCAUCCUGGAGAACGAAUCACAUCUGGUCAUCACCGACGCAAUCCUGAAGUAUGAAGAAAGUAAUGGUCUGGAUAAAGAGGAGAGUGAGUUGGUGAACGGUGACCAUGCUCUGGAAGACAUUUCUGGAGGACUGUUCGAGGAGCUGGCCAGUUUGUUCGAGGGAGAACUGAAGCCGGUCGCGCCCAAAGCUCAAAAGAAAGUACCAAUGCCUGCAGAUUUGGAUUUGAACCAAUGGCUGUACCACGAGCGCUGGUCGUCCGAAAGCUCCAGUUCUGAAGAGGAGGCGGGAGCCUUGUUCACGGCUCCGCAGGAUGAGCCUCGGCCCAUCACCCAUCUCACGUCCGAUGAACUGGAGAUGCUUCGUGAGGCGCGGAGACAAGAGCAAGCCAACAACCCGCACUAUCUGAAAGACGAGUCCCCGCGCUCCUACCAGCAGGAAGACGUGCCGGUCGCUGAGAUCGCCCUCGAAGUGCCGCUUCAGUUACACACCAAGAGAUCUGACAAGUACUUAGUCUCACGAGAAAGUUCUAAGAAGCCCAAAAAGGAGAAGCGAAGUUCGAAGAAACGCAAGAGCAAGAAGCAAACACAUUCCUCUGAGUCCGACACUGAAGACGAAGACCGGUCAGGACGGUGUCGGCCCGUCGUGGAGUGUGGUGGGGAGCUGCCCGAGGGAGCCGCCCCCUCCGACGAGGACCCGCCCUCCGCCGGCGACGACCCGCACCGGGCCCUCGACUUGGACCUAGACGUUCCACUGCGGGAGGACGAAUUAUUUAUGAGUAAAACAAAGCCGUAUCCAACACCUGAAACGGGUUUGCUCGACAAGAAAAAAGAAUCUAAAAAAAAUAAAUCAGACAACCCAUCAGAACGGACAUCCAAGAAGAAAAAAACUAAAUCGUCCAAAAAAAGUAAAGAUGGUCUUAUACCAGAAUUGAAUAAAAAUGUCGCUGAGGACUUACUUAUAGAUCAUGUAAAUAAUGGUGAUGAGACAAAUAAUGAUAUGUCCACUACAAAGGAUGCAACACAUAAGACUGACAAACAUAGGAAAUCUAAGAAGGAUGGCAAGGACAAGGAUUCGAAGAAGAAGAAAUCUAAGAAAGAUAAACAUGAAACAAAGGUCGGCUACGAAGAAGCAUUAGGGAUAUCCACGCCCAGUAAGGAGGUUGUAUAGUGCUCGCGCGCGUACCACGUAUUCUGUGUAAUCUCUAGCAAUCCAUGUCACUCGCUGCGUCAGUGCAAUUUAUUGUUUGAACAAUUACUUAUAAUUUGUUAUUACUAGUUUCAUAUUUUAUAAGAGUUAUUUUAAUUAUUAAACUCGAAGCUAAAAGUCCACUAAACAAUCAAUAUUUCUUUAUUCUGUAGGUUAACAAAUGUAUAAUCAUGUACAGUUAUUAAGAUUUAUUAAAAGUGAUUCACUUACAUAAUAUAAAUAAUAAAAUAAAGCUCAUUUCUCCAUGUUUAUGAAA